CUGGGUGUGUGCCAAGCCUGUAUGGGAGGUGCUAGGGAGGAUUUUAAUUAAUACUGGGUAAUUACCAGGUGGUGUUUAAGCAUCCCAAAUGCCUUCAGGUUCCCAAACAUACAGCUACAGUCUUCCUGCCUGGGCCUGGAAAGGAGAGACGGGGACUCUGCCCUGUGCCCGGCGGGCCUUUGGUUAGCACAUAGGCUGUGGUCUGAUAUCCCAGGAAGGUCUCCAUCUUUUUUAAUUCCCUUCCGGUUUGGAAGGAGGAGGAGAGCAAUUUGGGAAACAGCCUGGCCUCUGCAGUUCACCUAUACCAUCUCCACAGGGGCAAAGGAUAACAAUGCUUUGUGGUCUGCUCAACUUCAUCAAGCAGUGUUGGCCUAGGGUCCAGUGUAGAGUGUGGGGAAAGGAGUGGGCAGACCUAGACCUGUGGACCCUGGUGAGAGUGCUCCAGGAGGAACGGGCACAGAGGUCUUUCCUGCUUUUGGCCUUACUUCCCUUUCUCACUGUACACACUUGGCUGAGUGAACUCUUUCAAAUUUAUUUUUCUGCCAGCGGCUCUCAAAUUAUGAUCUCCCUGAAACGCCCACCUCCUACAAGGCCUUCCCCAUUUGACAUCUCAGAGACCUGUCCAGACUCCUGAGUUAUUCCAUCACUCCACCUUGGCAGCCACGGUGGUCCUGACUCCACCAGGUCUUUGCUCUUGUUGUAUGUUCAGAUGGCUUUCCUUCAGAUCUUCCCCUGGUCGGGUCCUGCUCAGGCCUCAGGGCCAGCUUGAAUGUCAUCCCCGAAAGUGAGCCCUGUCAUAACAGCAGAACCACAGUGAAGUGCUCAUAUGUUUCUGCAUCUCGCUGUGUCUCUGGUGCUAAGUGCCAGCAAACAGGAGGCUCUUGGUAUCUAUUGAAAGAAUAAUUUAAAGGUCUUCAGGACCAGGCGAGAGGCACUAAUCGGUCCCCUUCAUGGGUAGACCAUUCAUUACUUAAUUCCCUGGAUUCCCGCCGGGAGCAGGCAGCUGGAACCCUCCACUGCCUUGACCCCCCGACAGUCCGAGGGGCGGGCCGCCCAGUGGCGCAAGCGCACUGAGGGCCGGUGCUAGGCGGGGACGCGCACGCCCGCGGCCGCGUGCGUCACAACUAGGGUGCCCGCCCCGCUAGUCCAGCUCGCCUGCCCGUCGGUCCCCGCGGCGGCAGCGGCUGCCCAGUGACAGCGGCGGCGGUGCCAGGCCGGCCGUGGUAGUGUAGGGUUGCACCGCCCGGAAACGCAGAGCCGACCAAAGAGCGGCGCGACGCGAGGAAGGCCGAGCCUUGGGCCGCGCGCGAAGAGACCUCGCGGGCGGGGAGCAAAAGGCCGACGUGAGUGAGCGCGGAGACAGUGGCCGCAGGCGGCCCAACCCGUCCGUCCCCUCGGCCGCCGCCGGCAUGAGCCACAUCCAGAUCCCUCCGGGGCUCACUGAGCUGCUGCAGGGCUACACCGUGGAGGUGCUGCGACAGCAGCCGCCUGACCUCGUCGAAUUCGCAGUGGACUACUUCACCCGCCUGCGCGAGGCCCGCGCCCAUGCCUCAGUCCUGCCCGCCGCCACCCCACGCCAGAGCCCCGGCCACACCACGCCAGAACCCGGCCCGGACCACGUCGCCGACGCCAACGGGGACAGCGAGUCGGAGGAGGACGAGGACUUGGAAGUUCCAGUUCCUAGCAGAUUUAAUAGACGAGUAUCAGUCUGUGCUGAGACCUAUAACCCUGAUGAGGAAGAGGAAGAUACAGAUCCAAGGGUGAUUCAUCCUAAAACUGAUGAACAGAGAUGCAGACUUCAGGAAGCUUGCAAAGAUAUUCUCCUUUUCAAAAAUCUUGAUCAGGAACAGCUUUCUCAAGUUCUUGAUGCCAUGUUUGAAAGGAUAGUCAAAGCUGAUGAGCAUGUCAUUGACCAAGGAGAUGAUGGAGACAACUUUUAUGUCAUAGAACGGGGAACUUACGACAUUUUAGUAACAAAAGAUAAUCAAACCCGCUCUGUUGGUCAAUAUGACAACCAUGGCAGUUUUGGAGAACUAGCACUCAUGUACAACACCCCAAGAGCUGCUACCAUUGUUGCUACCUCAGAAGGCUCCCUUUGGGGACUGGACCGGGUGACUUUUAGAAGAAUCAUAGUGAAAAAUAAUGCAAAGAAGAGGAAGAUGUUUGAAUCAUUUAUUGAGUCUGUGCCCCUCCUUAAAUCACUGGAGUUGUCAGAACGAAUGAAGAUUGUGGAUGUAAUAGGAGAGAAGAUCUAUAAGGAUGGAGAACGCAUAAUCACUCAGGGUGAAAAGGCUGAUAGCUUUUACAUCAUAGAGUCUGGUGAAGUGAGCAUUUUGAUUAGAAGCAAGACUAAAUCAAACAAGGAUGGUGGAAACCAGGAAGUCGAGAUUGCCCGUUGCCAUAAGGGGCAGUAUUUUGGAGAGCUUGCCCUGGUCACCAACAAACCCAGAGCUGCUUCAGCUUAUGCAGUUGGAGAUGUCAAAUGCUUAGUUAUGGAUGUACAAGCAUUUGAGAGGCUUCUGGGGCCCUGCAUGGACAUCAUGAAGAGGAACAUCUCACACUAUGAGGAACAGCUGGUGAAGAUGUUUGGCUCCAGCAUGGAUUUGGGCAACCUCGGGCAGUAGGUGUGCCACACCCCAGAGCCUUCUCAGUGUGACACCAAAACCUUCUGGUCAGCCACAGAACACAUACAGAAAACAGACAUGACAGAACCGUUCCUGCCAUUGCCACCACUGCUGCCAUUGCUGUGGUUAUGGGCAUUUAGAAAACUUGAAAGUCAGCACUAAAGGAUGGGCAGAGGUUCAACCCACACCUCCACUUUGCUUCUGAAAGCCCAUUAUUAGACCACUUGUAAAGAUUACUCCAACCCAGUUUUCACAUCUUUGGUUCAGAACGGCAUGUCUCUCCAACAAUUUAAGUGCCUGAUACAAAGUCCAAAGUAUAAACAUGCUCCUUUCCUCUCUUGCUGCUACUCUUGCUUUUAGAAGUUAUCACAAGGUAACUUUACAGAAUCCUGUUGUAUAAGUGUAGACACUCUCUAAUCUUUCUCAAAGGAGGAAAUGUAGCCUUCAGUCUCCUCAUUUGUCCUUUGAGAAAGUCCACAUUUGUUCACAGUUGCAGCCUUUGGUUUUACAGUGGGAAAUGGUGGCGGAUGACAUGGGCAUAUGUAGCCCAGUGGCGUUGUACUGUCUGCUGACCGCUGUCUCCAAACCCACAGUGAUGCUUAGGGAAAGACCCUGCUCAGGACCCAGCAGAUUAGCACCCCAGAGCAGACUGAUAGGUCAGUGGGCCCCAUGUUAGAGCAGAAAAUUUGGGCUCAGCACAUUUUACUGUUAGUAGAGAGCCAGGAAAGGUUUUCUGGGUUGGGGAUUUUUUUUAGUAGGUUUUCUUUAACCUCUGUGCAGUUUGCAUGAAUGAAUUCCUAUCCAUUUCUAAGGAGCCAGGAUCUGGAGGGUUGCUAUCGUUUUGUCCGACCCAAAUACCUUCCUGGGCAACUCCUGCCAUUUGUUUGCAGUUGCCCCUGCUGGCUAAUGGCAGUAGGCUGGCAGGAGGUUGUACUAUAAAGAGAGCUCUUUCCUUCUACUCCAGAGAGUUCUUGUGUAGCUUUGCCGUUGAACCCGCCAAUUUUUAAACUCCUUAAAGAAGCAGCAGCUAUUUUUUUGAAAUUAAAACAAAUUAUUUCUCAGGCCAAGCUCAAUGGCUCAUGCCUAUAAUCCUAGUGCUUUAGGAGGCUGAGGUGGGAGGAUCACUUAAGA